AUGCAGUGUCAGCAUCUUGUCGCCAUUGUUUCUAUGUUAGUGCUUGUGAUUGUUAAUGCGAAUAAAACAGAUUGGUGUCCCAAUGUUAAAACAUCGCUUGAUUCUAUAAGAAAAAGGCGGCAUCUUACAUUCCCAGAUGGAUCAAAUUUUGUGAUCACCAUAUCCCUUGUAAAAGCGUUCAUGACCCACGCGCCAGCGGGCUGGAACAUUGCUCUGGAGAUCGACGUACUCUUCCCUCUUCCUGACGCAAAAUUCACUAAUGCUUACUACAGAAGAAAGCUCCACCACAGACAGAAAAGAGAGUUCUGGGAACGGCUUCAGAAGGCCAUUGAAUACCACAACCUUAAUGGACGCGCAUGUAUAUUGAGAAGUAUUUGCGAAGCAAGAAGUAAUUUGGCUCCACCGGGAAAAUCACUUGUCCAUGACCUCUUACGGGCUAUUUUCACUGCUCCAAUACAUGAAGAAGAUUUCACCGAAGAAGUGGCAAAUGUGUACAAUGAAGUUUUGGACCCAGAUUACUGCGAACAAGUCUAUGAAUGCCCUUUUUCCCUGCUUCAUUUCGUUUUGAGUUUGAAUAAACUGAAGUAUUAG